AUGACUCCUGAGACAACAGAAGAUGGAAUUUAUAGGGGCCGUCGUCUUGGCACGCGAAAAUGGUUAACGGUCUUGGCAGUUAUCAACGUCAUUGGUACUGGUUGUUCCAUAUAUAUCAAAUAUAUCUUCUUAGGAACUGGUUGUUCCAGCGCCGUCCCCAAUGCAAUGUGUCUGAUCCAGCCCUCUGAUCCUCCUUGCCGCAUCUGUUCCCAGGCCCUCUCCGUUCCACCUGAGAAAAACCCUAAUUACAGGUGCAAUACGUCUCUUCUCAUUGACUAUUGCCAAGUGGAUGGCAGCCACCAUUAUAUUUUGAUUGAUGUAGGGAAAACAUUUAGGGAGCAAGUACUACGAUGGUUUACUCACCAUAGGAUUCCUAGAGUGGAUUCAAUUAUUUUGACUCAUGAACAUGCUGAUGCGAUUCUUGGCCUGGAUGAUGUACGUGCAGUACAACCUUUUAGCCCUAUAAAUGAUAUUGAUCCCACACCAAUUUACCUCAGUCAGCAUUCAAUGGAAAGCAUUUCAGUGAAGUUUCCUUACCUAGUCCAGAAGAAACUUAAAGAAGGCCAAGAAGUGAGACGAGUGGCACAGCUUGACUGGAAGAUAAUCGAGGAUCACAUUGAGAAGCCCUUUGUUGCAUCAGGCUUACAAUUUACUCCUUUGCCUGUUAUGCAUGGUGAAGAUUAUAUAUGUCUGGGGUUUCUUUUUGGUGAAAAAUAUAGAGUAGCUUAUAUUUCUGACGUUUCACGAAUUCCUGCAAGUACAGAACAUGUUAUUUCAAUAAAUGGAGCUGGACAGUUGGAUCUUCUUAUCUUGGACACGUUGUAUAAGACUGGAUCCCAUAACACUCACUUUUGCUUCCCACAGACCCUGGAUGCUGUGAAGAGGCUAAACCCGAAACAAGCCAUGUUAAUUGGAAUGACGCAUGAAUUUGAUCACCAUAAGGACAACGACUUCCUGCUUGACUGGUCCAAAAGGGAAGGAAUUCCAGUGCAGCUUGCUCACGACGGGUUAAGAAUUCCUGUAGGCCUUUAAACAGGCUAUACGGACCACGAGUCAGUACCUGAUUGAUAUACAUCUCAUGUGUUUUGGGAGGAUACAAUUCAUUCUUUUUGAAACUAUACU